AUGUCGAAUGAAAUGGCUGAUGAGAAUACUCCUCUUCUAGAUGUUGAACAAGCUCCGGAUCGUCGGCUUAGCAGAUUGAUACAGAAAGACGAUGCAGCGAGUUCGAUUGUCAAGAGCCAUGUUAGUGUUGAAGAGCAGGCUAUGGCUGGGAGUACUGUAGGUGAAAGAUUGGCCUACAAUGACUAUACAACCAUAGACUGGUUACAUGAUCUCGUGAGUAUCUCCCCCUCUGCAUACAUACCAUCCCGGCUAUCACUAAAUCUACAUACUUCAGNNGUCAAAGAUUCCUACCGCCUCCGCAACAUCCACAACAAGAAAAACCUCAAAGGCAAAGCCCUCGCCCUCUUCGACUCGUCUUCUGGCUGGAUAGCAGCAGCUGUAAUUGGAGCCUUGACAGCUUGUGUAGCCUACCUCGUCGACAUCGCCGCUGCAACAGUCAGUGACUGGAAACUAGGCCACUGCACCACAAACCCCUUUCUCACCCGUGAAGCCUGCUGUUCCUCUUCUACCUCAACCUCUGAACCCAUCACCGAAUGCACCGCAUUCAAGACUUGGGGAAAUGGCUACACAGCUGCUUUUGCAAUUUACGUGGCUUUUGCUUUGGGGUUUGGGAUUGUUAGUGGGUGUGUGACGAUGCUUACCAAGAGUGAGUUGCCUUCUGCUGGUGCUGCUGCAGAGGCAGAAGAUAAAGAUGGUGCUACUGCGCAACCUGCUGGCAAAACUAUGUAUAUGGCUGCUGGGUCGGGGAUUCCGGAGAUCAAGACUAUACUCGGUGGAUUUGUGAUUCCGAACUUUUUGUCGCUGAAGGUUUUGUUGGUGAAGGCGAUUGGUGCUGUGUUUGCUGUUUCUACAGAGAUCAUGAAGUUUACGCUUUGGUUUACUGACAUAUCGUGGCAUUGCANNGGCAUGUGUCUUGGAAAGGAAGGCCCAUUCGUCCACAUCUCUACAUGCGUGGGCUACCUCGUCGCCUCCGUGUUUCCGAAAUAUCGCGACAAUGGACGCAAGAUGAGAGAGAUGUUGAGCGCAGCUUGCGCAGCUGGACUUUCUGUGGCAUUCGGUGCACCCAUUGGCGGUGUGUUGUUCAGUUACGAGGAGAUUAGUACUUACUUUCCGAGAAAGGUGCUGUGGAGAGCUUUCCUCUGUAGUGCUGUUGCUGCCAUGGUGCUGAAAGAGCUCAAUCCUACAGGUACCGGUAAGCUGGUGUUGUUCGAGACGAACUACGGAACGAGCUAUGGUGCGGUACAUUAUCUGGUGUUUGUCGUACUUGGUACCGCAGGAGGCAUUUUCGGCGGAGUCUUCUGCAGACUAAACUACCUCUGGAGCAAAUCCUUCCGCAAAUACGCCAUCAUCAAGAACUACCCAGUGUUCGAGGUCUUUNUGAUCGUGCUCGCCACAGCACUCUUACAAUAUCCCAACCCACUGAUCCGCGAGCCUGGCGAUAUGAUCAUCAAGACACUACUUGUAGACUGCAGAACCGACGACUCUGCAGAAUCUUGGGUAUGUCAGAACGAAGCCCGUACAGGUGGUCGUUGGGACUAUGUGGGCUGGUUGAUCUACGGCACGUUAGCCAAACUCGUGCUUACCAUCAUCACCUUCGGCAUCAAAGUACCAUCGGGAGUCAUCAUUCCUGCUCUUGAUGCAGGAGCACUAUUCGGUCGCCUGCUAGGUCAAUACAUCGGUGACAUUUCUCCUGGCAUCUUUGCUAUGGUGGGUGCGGCUGCAUUCCUAGCUGGUGUAAGCAGAAUGACACUAUCUCUCUGCGUUAUCAUGUUCGAACUCACAGGCGAGUUGGAUUAUGUAUUGCCACACAUGGUAGCAAUCCUAGUCGCCAAAUGGGUAGCCGACGCACUCGGCAAAGAAGGCGUCUACGAUCUCGCUCAAAACGUCUUGGGCCACCCUUUCCUGGACCUCGAUCACAGUCUAGGAUACAUCCAGAUGGAAAAUGUCUCGGUGGAAGAGCUGAUCCCUCCAGAGCACACGAUGGAGCAAAUCACCCUUCACGUGCCUGCAAGCAACAAAGUCAGAAGAGAAUUCCUCGAGCAGAAACUCGCCCAGCUCGAAAGCAGAGGGCUUAUGGACGCUGGCCUUGUCCUUGUCCAAAACAAUCAGAUACUGCAAGGAUAUCUAGCAGAAGGCGAACUCAGCUUUGGACUGAGAGAAUUGGGAGACCUAUAUCCCAAAGAUACUGAGGUGCGAUUGUUAGGAAACGCGGAAGAGGGCGAGUUCGACCUCUCGAGCUUUGUAGAUCGUACUCCCAUGGUUGUCUGUGCGAAGGCACCGAUGGAGUAUGCGGUCGAGCUGUUUGGAAAACUGGGGUUAAGGCAUUUGAUGGUGAUUGAAGAAGGUACUGGAAAAUUGGUAGGUGUUAUCAUCAAGAAGAGGCUGGUGGCAUAUCUGGAUGGAUUGGNNAAACAUGGUUGA